UUAUCAAUCUCUCUACUCUAUAAGUACCUCUCCUCCUGCCGACUCAACUAGAAGCAUCUCCGCCGGAUCCCUAGCCAUUCCGCUGGAAUCUGGCCGGGAUCUAAGGUCUAUCUCUCUGCAAACAUGUCUUCCGGCAGAUAUAUGGCUUACUCACCUUCUCCUUCUACCGCUCCUCACUCUCCUCACAUCGGCAUUCGUUCUGCAACAAACGCUCUGGUCGAACAAGAGAAGUACCUCUCUGAUCUAUUGGCAGAGCGCCACAAGCUUAGUCCAUUUAUGCCUGUGCUGCCACACAGCUAUCGGUUAUUGAACCAGGAAAUAUUGCGUGUAACCACACUGUUGGGGAAUGCAUCACUUUUAGAUCAAAGUGGGCUUGAACAUGCUAGCCCCCUGACAUCUGGAGGAUUAUUUUCAAAUGGAGGAGGAGCUGAUAUGAAUGGAUGGGCAUCAGCAUUUCAAUCAGAAAGGUUGGGACUAUUACAGCCCUCACCAACACCAAGCUGGCUUGGAUCACAGGGUAGCUCGUCUGGUCUCAUUGUAAAGAAAACAAUCCUGGUGGAUGUUCCUGUGGACAAGUAUCCCAAUUACAACUUUGUUGGCCGUCUUCUUGGUCCUAGAGGGAACUCUCUUAAGCGAGUUGAAGCAAGUACUGAAUGCCGUGUCCUUAUCAGAGGACGUGGGAGCAUCAAAGAUCCAACUCGGGAAGAAAUGAUGAGAGGAAAACCAGGAUAUGAGCAUUUAAAUGAACCUCUCCACAUACUCGUGGAGGCAGAAUUGCCAGUCGAAAUAGUUGAUGCCCGUUUAAUGCAAGCACGUGAGAUCCUUGAAGAUUUACUCAAACCUGUGGAUGAAUGUCAGGAUUUCUUUAAGAAGCAACAGCUUAGAGAGCUAGCAAUGCUCAAUGGUACACUCCGUGAGGAAGGCUCGCAUUUGUCUGGUUCUGUGUCCCCCUUCAAUAACAGUCUAGGCAUGAAGAGGGCGAAGACAAGGGGGUAAAACCGUAAAAGUACAUCCUUCUUAAGUGGGCCUGUUGGAGCUUGUGUCUUGUUUAUCUCCUAUGCCAGCCGAAUCCCAUGUGGUGGGUGUCAGUCUGGCUUAUGCCCUCGAGGCACUGGGAAUGAUGCAUAUGUUUGAUUCCAACUCUUUCCAUUUCAAGUGUGUUAAAUCUGCCAUAUGGGGUGGGGGGAGAUUGAUGAUAGUACCAGUAGUGGAGGGCCAUUUUGGGUUCUGUGAGGUCUCUCUUUCUCUCUCUCUCUCUCUCUCUGUUUGGUUGGACAGGAUCUCAAUCUGCGUCUUGUAUUGUUGGUAUUUAUGGUAUGCUUGCCUUGAUAUUUCUAGUAUACGUUGGUGGGGGAUGGGAGUUUAUUGUAAAGAAGGAUCAAGAUUUGGUUUGUGCACAAGGGUGAGAUUACAAUAGUACAUCCCCUAACGCAGCUAGUGGACUUUGUAUUGUUACGCACUGACUUUAGUUUGUAUUAAGUUUCUGAGAUGUCAUUCAUUCGCUUUUAUUUCCA